AUGAAUAAGAGCGAAAAUAAACUAGAAGUGAUAGAGCAAGAGGAUAAAGUGGAACAACUUAUAAAGGGUUUAGAUAAGGAUAAAAAGUUUGAAGAGUACAGAAAGGGUAGCGAUCUCCCAGAAGGUUCAGCCAUCAACAGAGUCAGAGAUUUCCUUCCAAAGAUAAAGCAAGCUAACGAGGAUGUGUCUUCGAUGUCCUCUAUAGAAGAAACGAAAGGUAGCAAGGGCGAGCAGAUUGAAAUGAAUUUAUAUGAAGCAGUUUAAUAAAUAUUUGGACUUUAUUAGAUUGUAAUAUAGCUUGUUUAUUGGUGACUGUAUUUCUAGAUCGCUCGCUAUGUCAGAUAUGAAACCAUUGAGAAAAUUUAUAUCUGGAUAUCGAUUCUGUUUUAUUUGAAGAUCAAGGUGGUUAUGAGCAUGUUUGUUAGUGAAAAUGUUAGGAUUUUGUAGCCUAUGGUUGAUGGAGGAGAGUAGACAGGGAGAUAGUAACUUUGAAGGGAAUUGCUGGUUUCUUUGCUGAUAAUAAGCGUGGAAUAUUUCAGAGGACUCCUCUACUAAUUGCUUUAAUAAUAGCGUCGACGGUAUUGACUUUGAUAGUAGCGGUAGCUUACAGCCUAUCAGAGUGGAAAGAGAUUGAAUAGCAGAUUGUAUAAUGAUAUUCUCUAUAGAAAUGCUCUCGAGCUUUUGCACCUCCAUCGAAGACAUCGGCAGUUGUAACUUGUCUACACCAUGGAUGAGCGUCAGUGUGUCGUUGUAUUCGACGUAUAAGUUGUACUCGAUUGGCCUGCUCUUCAGGAGAUUGUAGUACAAACCGAGAUAAUUUAUAUUGUUAAUAACGACGCUGUCUUCUCUCGUCAAGUCUUUCGACGACAAACUAUUGUAGAUCCUGUUGAGAUUGCUGUUGUAGUAGUAAUUGUUAACCCUCUCAUAGCGUAAUAGACUAUUCCCAGUCGUCUCUACGCCUAAAUUUUUAAAUUUAUUCGACAGCCGCCCAACUUUGUUCAAUUUUAG